AAACACGGAAGUUGUCGCAACGCAGGAGACUGAUGGAGAAGAGCUAAAAGAGUUGUUAAAAACGGCCAACCAUCAGGUCUUGUGGUCAACACAGCGUCCAUGUGUGUUCCCCUUUCCUGUGGAGUGAUAGGACAGUGUGAGCAGUUGCUGUCACCGUCAGCAGGUUGAUGUCCUCGGGCAGCCAGCCCAAGACAUCCAACACCCUGCCCGCCUCUGUGGCCCAUAUGGGUGACACAUCCGCCACUGCAAUGUCCGGGCCACACAUCUCGGAGCGGGCCCUCUACGCCUCCGAGCAGCAUGCGCGCCUGCUGCUGGCACAGAUGAACAAGAUGCGCCUCCGCGCAGACUUCUGCGACGUGCGGCUGUGUGUUGGCGGCCGCGUCUUCGGGGUCCACAGGCUGGUGCUGGCUGCCAGCGGGCCAUACUUUGCCGCUCUCUUCUCGGGAGCGAUGAGUGAGGCCCAUGAAGAGGAGAUCCGGAUCGAAGGCGUGGAAGCUGAUGUGUUUGAGAAGCUGCUGGAGUUUAUAUACACAGGCUCCAUCGAUGUAACAGUAGACAACGUGCAGGAGCUGAUGGUUGCCGCAGACAUGCUGCAGCUGGGCGAGGUGGUGACCAUUUGCGGGGAGUUCCUGCAGGGCCAGAUGGACGCCACCAACUGCGUUGGCAUAUACCAGUUUCUGGAACAGAUUGCAUGCAUGGAGUUGCUCGAAUUCACAGAAAACUAUAUCUUUGUUCACUUUCUGGAGGUGUGCACAGCAGAGGAGUUCCCCAACCUGACGAAGGACCAGCUGGUCAGGCUGCUGCGCAGCGAGGAGCUGCGGAUAGAGGACGAGUACCAGGUGUUCACCGCGGCCAUGGACUGGGUGCUGCAGGACGUCGCCCGCAGGAAGAAGCACGUGGUGGAGGUGCUGGACGCCGUUCGCUUCCCCCUCCUGUCUCCUCAGAGGCUGUUUAAAUACAUUGAGGGCAUUUCCGAUUUCAGCCUGCGGGUGGCACUGCAGACCCUCUUGAAGGACUACACUGAGGUCUCCAAAUCCCCCAAGGAGAACAAGACAUACAGCCUGCUGCAGCCAGCCAAGACCAGGCCAAGGAGGAAGGCCCGCAAGUACCUCUACGCUAUUGGUGGAUACACGCGUCUGCAGGGUGGGCGCUGGAGUGACAGCCGAGCACUGAGCUGCGUGGAGCGCUUCGACUCCUUCAGUCAGUACUGGACCACCGUCUCGUCCCUACAUCAAGCACGCAGUGGGCUCGGCGUCGCCGUGCUUGAGGGAAUGGUCUACGUGGUGGGAGGGGAGAAAGACUCGAUGAUCUUUGACUGCACCGAGAGGUAUGACCCAGUGACGAAACAGUGGGCUGCAGUGGCCUCAUUGAAUUUCCCACGCUGUGGAGUGGGUGUCUGCCCAUGCCGUGGAGCUCUGUAUGCAUUAGGUGGUUGGAUAGGUUCGGAAAUUGGCAAGACCAUGGAGAGGUAUGACCCUGCAGAGAACAAGUGGGAGGUCAUCGGGAACAUGGCAGUGCCUCGCUACUAUUUCGGCUGCUGUGAACUACAGGGUUUCAUCUAUGUGAUCGGAGGCAUCAGUGACGAGGGCACGGAGCUUCGUUCGGCAGAGGUGUACGACCCGUUCUCGCGUCGCUGGAGCGCCCUGCCCUUGAUGGCCACCCGCCGUGCCUACGUGGGCGUAGCGAGUCUCAACAACUGCAUCUACGCAGUAGGGGGCUGGAAUGAGGCCCUGGGCUCCCUGGAGACUGUGGAGAAGUACUGUCCUGAAGAGGAGAAAUGGGAAAAGGUGGCCCCGAUGUCUGUGGCACGUGCUGGAGUCAAGGUCGCCGCGGUGAACGGUCUGCUGUACGCGGUCGGUGGGCGCGUAUCCAGCAGGGACUUCUCUGCCCCAGUGACGGUGGACUCUGUGGAAAUCUAUGACCCCCACCUGGAUACCUGGACGGAGGUCGGCAACAUGAUCACCAGCCGAUGUGAUGGAGGGGUGGCUGUGCUUUGAGGAGGAGGAGAAGGAGGAGGUGAAGUCUUUGUGCCUGCGCAUUGCAAACUUUGGACCUGAGGUGGACCGACCUGAUUGAUUGCAUGCCGCACAGCCACAGCCUGUGAUGCACAGUACAUCAGGGUAUGGUGGUCCCCUUGUGAAAACCAGCAGACAGGACCAGUCCGUCAUGACUUUAUUUCAUGCACCAGUUGUAGUGAAACCUGCUGCACUUAAAAAAGUCAAACAUUUCAUAUCACAGCCCGUCGGCUUUCCACCCAAUCCUUGCCGGACUGUAGCUUUACCCCCAUCAUGAGUUGACCGGGGUAGCUGUUUACAUGACGCAGUGUUAAGUACGUAAGCAUCAUCUCGGAAAUCAUCUCACAUUGCUGCCACUCGGUAACUUCAUGUUGAAGAGACUUUGGUAGACUAACUUGUUACCAGCACUUAAGUCCCUCACUGAUUGUCAAAGACUUUAUACUCUGACUAUAAUAUGAAAUCCUGGGGGGGAAAACAGUGUUCUGUAUGUUUCCUGUUACAUCGCAGUUCCAUCACAACUUAGUCUAAGGAAGUUACUGUUUUAUAAAACCACACUGCAGUACAUCCUGCAAUUGGAACAUGUAAGAGUCUCAUCAUUUCAUACUUUAGACAGCCUAGUUAGUCUAGAUCUGCUGCGAAACAUCAGUUUUGUCAUUGUACAAGUAGCUUUUACUGUACUAGACUUUUGGGAUCUAUGAAGAUUGUGUAUAUUUUUGUCACUCAUGCUAUUGUGAAAUGGCAUGGAUUAUCACUGGCCUGGUUGUACUGUUGUAAUCAAAUGUAUGGAGUGGCCACCCUGCAGUCACUGAAACAAUGAUUAAUUCCAUUCUUUAUU